UUUAGCCUGGUGCAUAAAUACUCCAGGAGCAUGCUGAGUCUAGACAGACAAGACACAGCCUUCCUCUGAUCUGCUUUCAAGUUCAACAUUUUUGGAUCGAGCGACAGGAUAAAGAUGCAGUUGUUGCUCCUGUUGGUUCUAAGUGCCAGCCUUUGCUUUGCCAACUCCAGCAUCUCCCAUCCCAGAAUCCAGACUCUAAUGGACAAUGCUGUGGUGGUACAGGUACCACAUGCUCAUGGCAGCAUAGUGGAAGUUCCCCUGACCUGCGGAGACUCUUAUCAGGACGAUGAAGUGUUUUGGAAGAAAAAUGGGGAGGAAAUGACGCCAGCUCUGCAGGGAAACCAGAUCACCGUUUUGGUGAAAGAGAUGAAAGCAGGAAACUACUCCUGUCACCUCAGCUCUAGUGGAGAAUACCUGAACCACACGCUGAUCCUGGUCCAGCUGGAUCCAGACAACAGGACUGUCAUCCUGGAGGAGAAAUCCCCUGGACAAGGUCACAUCUAUUGCUCAGCACAGAAUUACAAAGGCUCUUUCCACUGCACCUGGAAGAAAACGCAUCACAGAUCCCAUGCUGCUGUGCUCCUGGUUAAGGCACACCGUAACAUGGAUGAGAUUUCCUGUGUGCUGGAUGCUGAUGGGUUGGGGGUUCAGUGCCAGGAUGUCGACUGCCCUUACAAAGAGGAAACACACCAAAUCCAGUUCACCAUUUACAUGCACAGCUACUCUCGUCUGGAGGCCUACACAAAGUCAUUCUACCUGAGAGAGAUUGUGAGGCCAGAAAACCUCCCCAACCUGCACAUAAGUUGUGGCCAGGUGUUCAGCUGGGACUACCCGGACACCUGGGAAAAGCCCCGCACCUACUUCAGCCUCCACUUCCAGGUCAAGGUCGUCCAGAAUGGACAAUCCUGCCACACCGAAAAGAUCCUACUGGAGCCUAAAAUCACUGAAGAAACUAAGUUUGAAGUCAAUAUCAAAUCCAAGAAGUAUGUUUUCUGUGUGAGAGCUCAGGACAAAUUUACCCAGGGACCGUGGAGCCCCUGGAGUGAGUACACAGUGAACAAAAACAUCAUGAACUGCCAUUCCUAAAACGAAGCAAGUUGGGAAAAUGUGACAACUACUUUAAAACCAGAUUUUCAGUUUUUUUAAGCCCUGCUAAAAAUGAAUGAAUGUAUACAUGUACAGUAUUUAUUCCUUUUUAUUUAAGUUACUUUUAUAAGUUUACAAUGGAUGAAAACCUUUGUGAAUUACUAAAUUGAAUAUUGUUUCUUUUUUUAAACCAAUUUUCCAAAAUGUUUUUCUUUUAUAUUUCAUAAUAAAAUCCAGCAUCUCUAUUUCUUGUGUGAUCAUCUUAAAAUACUUCCUUCACUGCACAGAAAAUUAUCUACAAAUGGAAAACAUUCAAAGCAAAAACAGCCAACAUGUGCAUAGCUGUCAGAGCAACCAGAAAGGCACUGCAUAGAUUUAACUUAAACAGGAGGUUCUUUAAGAAAAACAUAAACACCAAAUUAAUAUUUGCUAAAUGAACAAAGUCAAAGACCAGAACUUAUGGAAAAAAAACAUUCUUUGAACAAAUAAGACCAAGGCUGAAUUAUUCUGACACCAGAACAGGUUUGGGAGAAAACAAAUGCAACAGAAACACCACAGCAAACAUAAAGUCAAAGCGACAAUGGGGUUUAGAUUGCGCCAUAUUUAUAUGUUACAAUAUCCCAGUCAAAGACCAGAUUGAGAAUCUGCUGCAUGACUGUACAUGUGCAAAACUGAAACAUUAUGCAAACUGUAGAACAUGGAGGUGGAGGUGUGAUGGUUUGAUGAUCAUUUGCUGCAGCAGGACCUGGUCAGCUCACCAUCAUGGAACUGACCGUGAAUUCUACUACAACUCAGACGGUGCUGGAGACGAUGAGUAAAAAAAGUUACAGCAUUAAAAAAGAACUCAUUUUAAAGAGUUAGAGGAGCAAUAAGCAGCAGAGACAAUUUUGGUACAAAAAAGUUUUUAUGGUUAAAUUUACAGGAAGUUCAUAAGAAAACAAAAAGUCAGUCAAUGACAUCAUCCCAUGAAAUGAUAAACUACACCUUCAUCUAUAGCUUAAAAUGACUUUUGGUAACAACGGAAAUAGUCUAAAUUAGACUUACAUUGUUUGGUAAAAUCUUUCAAUACCAAAAAAAAAAAACUCAAGCAACUGAUCCUUGUUUGAAUGAGUGUUUUAAAGUGUGCAUGUAGAAAUUACACACAGAAAAGACACCCAAAACGAAAACAGAACAAACACAUUUUUGGGCAAAUACACGUCAACACCCAUCCAGCCUUGACCAGAGCUGCACACUUAACUCAUGAAUAUAUUAUAGCAAAACAUGCAUUGAAGUCCAUUGUAAUGGUCAGUGAUGUAAUCAGUGUCAAAAUUUGAUGGAUAUUUUAUUUUUUAUCUCACAGUAGUUUUAGUGGUUAUUGCAUAUUGUUGUAUAGCAGUGAUCAAAUCUGCUUUUGGUUUGGACCACUGCUCUAAAAAAAAAAA